UUAAUAAUGAUUAUUACAUAAAAUUCAUAAUUAUGAUAGUAUAUAAAGGAAAGCUAGACAGAAAAAUAAAAAUAUAUUAAAAUUUUAUAUUUGAAAUUGACACACGAUGAAGAUUCUAUUAACGGUUUUAAUUUUAUUUUUCAAAACACUUGCGUUAGUUAAUGGUGAAUGUGACGUUUGUGGAACAGCAAAUAUUGCAUGUGUCAAUGCAACUAGUUUUAAAAUCUGUGUUAAUGGAGAAAUAUUUUUGGAUCAAACUUUUACUUGCCCAAACAAUUUACUGUGCAACCAUGAUGAUGAAGAAAGAUGUGUUGAAAUAGCAAAAGAACCCUCUUGUGCCAGAUAUUGUGGUUCUUGUAACCCUAAAAUUAACAUAGCUUGUUUGAAUCACGAAACAUUUUCAAUUUGUUUAAACUCGAAACCAUCUAAUGUAAUUGGAAAAUGUGAAAAUGGUCUUGUUUGCGAUACUAGUACUGAAAGGAUUUGCGUUAAUCCGUUAGAGACAUCUUCAUGUCCUUUACCAUCACCACCUACAAGCAACACAACUGUACUACCGACAACUACAACAGAACCAGAAACAACAAUAACAACUACGCAAGAGACCGUAACAGAAAGUGCAGAAGUAACAUCAACAACGAGCACAACUACAACGGAAGAAAUAACAUCAACUACAACUACUUUUAAACCGACUACUGAGGAAAUUACUACCAGUAAAACAACGGAUGGAGAAACAUCCACAUUAAGUAGUACAAAUGAACCUACGGUAUCCACAACUACAGAAAUAACAACCACACAGUCUACAACAGAAGAAACAACCACACAAUCUACUUCAGAAGAAACUACAACUAUGCAAUCUACUCCUACAGAAACUACAACUACACAACAAACUACCACAACAGAAGAAACCACAACUGAAGGAUGUACUUCUACACCGGAGGAAGAAAAUACAACAUCAACUACGGCAAGGAACACAACAGAAGAACAAACAUCUUCUACAACUGAGAUUACAACAACUACAACUACUUUAAAACCUACAACACCACCAAGUGAAGCAACUUUAUUUUGUCAACGCAUCCAAUACGUUGGAAAGUUUUCAAAACCAAACUCAUGUAGAAGUUAUUAUCAAUGUAAAAAACGAAAUGGUGAUUUUAUUGGAAUAGAAAACAGAUGUCCACUUUUCAUGUCAUUCGAUUGCAGAUUUGGAAUUUGUUCUUUCAUAUGUAAUAAUUCAUGCGGACUUAACCCUUAAUUUCAAAAUUGUUAUUCAGAAAUAAAUUAAA